AUGGCAACUACUAUGCAGCUAGAGGAGUUGCCGGGCACGCCGCGCGACGACCUCCGCAUUGACAUCAUCCCGGGCACCGAGAUCAUGGCCGACAUUGGAAAGCACCACUUUGUCAAGAGCAACGACAGCAGUCACCGCGUCCUCGUUCCACAGCCCAGCGAGAGCCCCAACGACCCGCUCAACUGGUCCUGGCUCUGGAAGGCCUCGACUUUAUUUGCCGUGUCCACCAUGACCUUUGCCCAGGGCUUCGCGCCUCUAUCCCUGGCUCCCAUGUUUGGCUACUUGAUGGAGGACUAUAACCGGUCUCUGGCCGAUGUUAUCCAGUUCACCAGCAUUACGAUUCUUGUCCUGGGCUUUAGCAACUUUUUCUGGAUCCCGAUAUCCACGUCCUUUGGGAGGCGCCCGGUCCUGAUCUUGUCCCAGGUCGUGUGCCUUGCUUCUCAUAUCUGGCGGGCCAAGGCGUCCAGCUACAACGAGUUCAUGGGCGCAGCCAUUCUCAGCGGCUUUGGCGCCGGCCCAGGCGAGACCAUCCAGCCCACCAUCAUUGCCGACGUCUUCUUCCUCCACGACCGCGGGAAGUGGAACACGUUGUACUGGGUCACAUAUACGGGAGCCUUGAUGGUUGCGCCCGUCGUCGCAGGCGCCAUGGCCGAUCAUAAAGGCUGGCCCUCCUUCUGGUGGCUCAACGCCGCCAUCACCGCCUUCUCCCUCGUCGUCAUCGUCUUCGGCUUCCCAGAAACCAUGUUCUCCCGCGCAGAAAACGCCGCCGGCCCGCCCGAAACCGGCCCCGGUGCGCCGUCCAAGGCCUCCGAGCCCAAACACCAAGAGCUGUCCGGCCAGCCAGACGGCCAGCCAGACGGCCUCACCGCGCAGGACCCCUGGCUCGGCAAGGGCAGCCCCAGCCGACAGCAAUGGCUGCUCAUGCAGCUGGAUUCGUGGUCGCUCCGGUCCCUCCUCCUGAGCGUCUACAUGCCCCUGAAGCUCUUCACCUUCCCCAUCGUGCUGUUCGUCUCCUUCGUCGUCAGCUGGAGCCUCAGCUGCGUGCUCAUCCUGAACCUCACGCAGUCGCAGGUCUUUGCGGCGCCCCCCUACAAUCUGAGCUCGCAGUCGGUCGGGCUUACCAACUUUGCCAUGGUGGUCGGCGGGCUGAUUGGCCUCGCGACGGCCGGCCCCUUUAGCGACUGGGUUUCGGCGCGGGCGACGGCGCGCAACAGCGGCAUCCGCGAGCCCGAGAUGCGGCUGCCCGCGCUGAUCCCGUACGUGCUCGUCAUGGCGCUGGGCCAGAUCAUCACCGGCGUUGGGUACCAGUAUAAGUGGCCGUGGCCUGUUAUUGUCGUCCUGGGGUACACCUGCUCGGGGAUCCAGAUGGCCGGCCUGCCUAGCAUCAGCAGCACCUAUGGCGUUGACAGCUAUAAACCUGCCGCGGGGUCGCUGUUUGUCGCCAUCACCGUGAACAAGAACCUCUGGGGCUAUGGCAUGGGCAAGUUCAUCACCGAGUGGACCGAGGCGAAUGGGUUUAUCCCCGUCUUCAUGGUCAACAUGGCCCUCACCACGGUCUGGUGUCUCUUUGGGGUGGUCUUUUAUUUCUACGGCAAGACCUUCAGGCGCUGGUCCAGGAACAGUAACGUGCAUAGUCUGGAGAUUUAG